CGUCUCUGAGCAUUCGUUGAUCUGAACCGCCUGCACGAAGAAAUCGCGUCGCAAAUCUCCGAUUAGAGGAGGGCUGGGGGCGAUCUAGUUUCUUAACUCGCGCUUUCUUUUUCUUUUUUUCUUUUUUCACGCUGAAGGAAGAAGUCCACCGACUGACACUGUGAUACAGAAUUGUUUCGGUCCUUGGUUGGCCCAACCGAACGGCCCAAUACCCUCGAAAGAAAUCGCCAUCGACCGAUCGUAUCUCGGCAGUCGUGUGGUCAGUCGCAUACAUGAUGCUGGCCAAUCCCCACAGUACGCUGCACGAGCGACACCGGCAGCACCGCCGCCAGAUCUCGACUCCCUCGGCACUCGAAGCUGCCAAAGCACCCAGUCUUCCCGGGCCCGUUUUGCAGAGAUAUAACGCUCAUCGCCGAGGACAGAGUCUUGACUCGCGGUCGCUGCCGCCCCAGCUGUUGAAGACGGUCAAGGAUGGUGCACUUCCGAGCAAUACUAACCAAAUGCUAUACCAGCAACCCCAACAGGUCUUACGAGAGGCACAGCAGCAGCGCCUAAAACAUCAGCCGGUGCCUGCCCAGAUGCAAAAGCCGUCGACCAUGCUAUACAUCGCCGACAGACAGCUUUUCAAUGGAAACGACUUGCGAGCCUCGACCAACCAUUACAGCAAUGAAAACGAUCCGACACUCGCAUGCCUUAAGCCAAAGGUCGCCAGUCCAAACAGUUCUGGUUCUACAAACCAGCCUCUGAGACUUGCCCUUGAACGCAUGGAUCAGCAGAGGAACAAUUCCCAGUUCUACACUACUCACCAUGCCUCUCAAGCGUGGAUGCAAGACAACAUGGCGGCGUUUCCUCAACAAGCCGGUUUGCGACGACUGUCUGUUCAAUCUAUCCAGUCUGAUAUUAGCCCACGCACAUCACGGCCCCAGACUCCCACUAAGCAAAUGAAUACUAGCUAUUUCCCUAUGACCCCGGCAAGUACCCCGUUCAGGACCUCGGCGGAAAUUGCUACAUACCGAGGAAAUGUCCAGGUGUCGCCAACCAAGAGUCAAUGUUUUUCUGUCCCCCAUGUAUCUGAUCCUUCGUUCAUGCAAAGAGCAAGAUCGCUCCAGGGAGUGCCCGGAGCCAUUUCAGCCCAGCAGAAGUUUGAGGUUUCAUCCCCUUCGAAUAACGCGUCCUUUGAACUUGACGGUCUUGAUCUUUUUGAUGGCAGGUAUGAAUCUAGUCUUGAAAGCUCCGCACCUCGUCUCCACACACGGAAUCAGUUUAGCAUUUCGUCGUCAUCGUCGUCGUCGGCAUCGUCGUCGUUCUAUUCAUCCCCGGAAAUGGCGGCUAUGCCGUCUCCCAAGGAAAAAGUCCAACAGCUACAGAAGUUGCCAAUUUAUCCCAUGACCCCCCGUCAUAGCAGUCCGAAGAAACCAUCCGUCUCAACCCCUGCUUCAUCUCCGGUGAAAGCAAAGCUGUCUCCUCGCAUUGCAACCAUCGACAGCCUCAACCUGGAUAACCGAGUGCAGGCGUCGAUCAAAGAAACCGGUAUCACCAUCGAUGAGAUCGCCUCGUACAUUCAUGGUCCAGACCCUGAGGAUGGCAAGUGGGUGUGUCUGCACCCUGGCUGUGAGAGAAGAUUUGGCCGGAAGGAAAACAUUAAAUCGCACGUCCAAACUCACCUGGGUGACCGCCAGUACAAAUGCGACCAUUGUAACAAGUGUUUCGUCCGAGGACACGACCUGAAGCGGCACGCAAAGAUUCACACUGGGGACAAGCCCUAUGAGUGUCUCUGCGGAAAUGUCUUCGCCAGACACGAUGCGUUGACUCGCCACAGACAGCGAGGAAUGUGCAUCGGCGGAUACAAGGGAAUUGUGCGGAAGACCACCAAGCGUGGCCGUCCCAAGAAGCAGAGACCUGAACUGGAAGAAAGGCAGGAAAAGGCAUCUCGUACACGUCAGAAAGUCGCUGCAAAGUCCUCCUCCGUUUCUGUGACUGGAUCUGACUCGUCACACAAUUCACCGCCUUCCGACAUCUUCGACAGCAUGAGUAUCCGGUGCUCAAGCCCGUUUGAGGAUGCUCCCGCCUUCCAUGCCCCUGAUUACUCAAUCCAGCCGGGUGUAUUGACAUUCACUCCACCUGCUUCUCCUCACGCCAGCACCAGUGCCAGGUCCUCGGCUUCCAAAAGCGAUCGUUCUCUCACGCCUGGCACCGAAGAUGGACUCCCAUCCCUGCCUACGUCUGGUCGAGCUCUAGAAAAGAUCCUCGAAGAGCCCACCUUUAACAUGAUUGAGCCGAUCUCUUUCAUGGACAACGACGCAAUCAUGUCUUCGAGUUCUCACACCAUGUCUUCGCCUCCUAGUGCCCCAACCCUCACCGAUUCAUCUAUUGGAUCUGAGCUUGACGUCUUCAUCAGCCAGGAGGCCCCGACGGACUUCGACAAGCACGAUCUCGGCCUUCAGAGCCCUGACAUGGCCCACUUCCCUGACUAUGUCACCGUGCCAGGAUUUGAUACCGGUCUGAAUCUAUUCUAUGGCAAGUCAUUCUCGACCAAUGAGUCUGCUGCAUCGGACGAAUUCUUCUCCUUCCAGUUCCAGGCAGACGAACAGCCCACGGAUAUCUUUUUCCAUUGAUUGACGACCUCGAUGAAACUCCUUCCUGACGACGAUAAUGAUGCUUACCAAUGUGCGCAAUGCAAAUGACUGAUUUCCAUGAUUACGAAACACCCUCUCCGUACGACGACGACUU